AUGGCUGACAAGAUCACUGACGAACAACUGGUCGAAGAACUGGAAAGAUUUGGCGAGAAAGUCAAACUUCCAAUCAAAAGAGACAAACGCGCUUUGUUAAUUAAGAAACUGAACCAUUUACGUUCAAAGCAAAGAGGCAAUGAUCGGUCCUCAAAACGCCUGAGCGGAAGAAAAACGCUAGAUGUUUUUAGCUCGGACGACAGCGAGACUGAAUGUGCGGGUCAGGCGGAAGGCCGCAAGAAAACUAAAACCGCUCGAGCGGUUGAUAUGGUUACUAGAUCAUUACGGCAACGAACAGCCGCUGCCUCCACGCCAGUAGCAUCUCCUCAUUUUGAUCAUGAUACAAGUAGUAGUGUGUUGAGACGACCUCUUCGUAGUAGAAUGUCAGAAAAUUCGAGAUCUCCUACGAGCUCUAGUCCUAGGAAAGGCACACAUUUAAACCAAAGCAUUGGUAGCAAAUCCAACAAAUUAUAUCCCGAUCUUGAUGCACUGAAUGAAUCGGCAAAUAGAUCCACAGAGAUUUUAAGAGAUGAGACAUUUGAAUCAUCCGAUGACGAGUAUUUAAUUGAACAGGAUGCAGACGACAGUUCAUACGAAGUUCAAAACAAAUCUGUGAAUACAACCUUCACAAUCGAAAGCAAUAACAGUAGAUAUGAUACAAAUACAUCACCAUAUCGAUCAAAUUUAUCCUUCACCAAUCAUAUUCAUGAAGACAGAAAAAAUACUCCCAAACGCAAAAGUGUUUCCAAUCAUGUGUCACCUAGAAAUCAGAAUGAGAAGCGCUAUCAGUAUAAAAAACGCUACCCAGAACAUGUACAUGUGUCUCGUGGUAUUGUUAUGUUUGUUGCAAUAUUUUUUGUGAUAGUUGCAACAGGCUACAUUUUUCUUCGUAAAGAAAACAUUCUGUCAUGGAUAUCAUUUGGAACUUCAACUAAGCUUGGUCCUAGAGACAAAUUUUUGUUGUGUACUGAAAAAUCAGCACAGGAUUGCUAUGAUCAGCAAGAUGUUACCAAGGCAAUGGUUGUCAUAACAGAUCUCUUUGAUCUUCUAAGCACCAAGAAAGGGAAAGUAAACUGUGGUACUGCCCCUGCCUCGGAGAAAAACAUGUCUAGAGAUGAAUUUCAAGUGUAUUUACGCAAAAUGGGACACACUGGCAAUCAGCUGGAACACUUGAUGAAUGCCUGUCUGGAUCACAUCAUUGAAAAUCCACACUGGAAGAUAAGUGCUCUUGAUAAAGACGGUGAACCAGCGAACAAACGGCAUCAGGUGGAGUUUUUGGAAGCAACAGUCGCAGCCAUGAGUUUGUUUUGUCGCAUUCAGAGGUCAUUCUCCAGGGUCAUGUUUGCAGUGUUUGUUCUUUUCCUGAUUAGUGUGACUCUGUUCCUGCUCCUAAAGUUCAUUCGAUGGAGAAUUGCUGUAAAUGAGAAAGAACGGCAUGAGGUGUAUUCUAUGGUGGAAAAUAUCAUUGAUAUCUUAAAAAAGCAUUAUGACCUAACUCAACAGGAGGAAGGAAAAAAUCUGCAGCCGUAUCUAGCUUUGCAGCAUGUGAGAGAUCAACUUCUUCCACCAGCUACACGAAAGGAGCUGCUGCCCAUUUGGAACAAAGCAGUUAAAUUCAUUGAGGCAAAUGAAUCCCGCAUUCGACUAGAAGAGCAGACUAUUCAAGGUGAAGAAUUUGCUGUCUGGAGGUGGAUCCAUACGUCUCCAAAUGGAAACAAAGUUUGGCAAGGACAAGCCUUUGGUGAGCAUAAUGAAUCGGGUAACAACCCAGUGCUGUUCAGCCCCACUCCGUGUCUGAAGAUUAGGAACAUGUUUGAUGCCGAUGUAGAAAAUGACACAGACUGGCACUUGAGCGUUCAGGAUGCGAUUCUCGAAAAGUGUCGAGAUGUCAACAGUAUUCUCCACACUUAUGUCGAUAAAGAUUCAAAAGAGGGUUGUGUCUACUUGAAGUGCAGUAGCUGUCAGGCUGCAGGCAAUGCAAGGCAGGCACUGCAUGGGUGGUGGUUUGACCGUCGGCUGGUAACAGCACGGUAUUUAAAACUCGACUACUAUCACAACCGCUUCCCCGAUUCUGUGAAUGCUGUCAAAGCCUUGCUACCGUCGACAGACCAAAUGUCAUCCCUCUCCCAGCCAUACUACAGGUCCUCCCUGGAAAUGACAUAAUGUGAAGGCUCUUCAGUUUUAUAUAUGUGAUCAAAAUGUUUGUGCCUUUGUUUUGAUCUUGGUGUUUUGGUAAAGUGACUGUGUAAUGUGUCACGUGCAGUGAACUACAUUUGGUCGUUUACAACAAGCUUUUGUUUGGGGUUCAUACGGGUCAUGGAAAUCCUGGAAAGUUGUAAAAUUUGCAAAUGAUAUUUUUCAGGCCUGGAAAGUCAUCCUGGCAGGUUAUCAAAAAUGAAAAUUGAUUGAUAAUUUAACAAAAGAAAAAAGUAAAAAAACACAGAACAGGUUGGCAAUUUAUGUCAGUAUAUUGUAAUAUUGUAUGUGUUGAUGCAGAGAAAUCAUUGAAAAUAUUUUUUUCAUUUAAAGUAAAAAGAUCAUGAAAAAUUAUGUAAUUUUUUUUAUAGAACUUGGUUGAUGACAAAGCAUAUUCACCGUACAUAUUUAUGAUGAACAUUGGACUGUGUAACCUAACUGACACAGAAAGGUAUUACCAUGUUUGUGUUAAUGUUAGUGUGAUGUUUUAAUCACUCUCAAUGCCUACUGUGUCACAUGCUAACAAAAUUUGCCUUGGGUUGUUCGAAAUGGUCUUUGGUAUGGUGAACAAUUCUCUGAACUGUUUUACAUAAUAAACACAGACUGAUACGAAGAGAUUGCCUACCUUGUAUGUCUGGUCGUUAUGACACUUUAAUGACUGUGUGAUAUGCCCCAUGCAUUUGGUCAGUCAGAAAGGCUUUUGUUUAAGAUGAAUACAGAACAUUACAGUAAAAACUCGUCCAAUGAACACGAACAGGUACUGAGUCCGUUGAAGAGAUUAUAAAUUGACAUUCAAGAUUUUAAUGUCACCUGUAUAAAGAAUUCUGUCCUUGGAUCCCCAGACGUAACUACAUGCUAUUUGUUUAGGCAAGACUUUUUACCCUUUGUCGUAUUUUAUUGUCCACAUUUCAAAUUCCAAAGUCCAGAUUCUUGGAGGGCCAUUUGCCAUGUGCACGGGGGAGGGGUGUUUGCACAGUGAACCAGUCCCCCAUGACUUUUAUAUCAAAGGCUGUGGUAUGCACUGUCCUGUUUGGGAAGUGCAUAUAACAGAUUCCUUGUUGCCAAUGGAAAAAUGUAUUGAGUUUCUUAUAAGAAUAUCAGUCAAAAAUUACCAAAAUGUUUGACAUCCAAUAGUUGAUAAAUCAAUGUGAUCUAGUGGUAUUGUUAAACAAAACAACUUUUAACUACUUUUUUUUGCACUGCGAUUACAGAACACAGAAAAUGGAGAAAUAAAAAAAGGUCUUCUGUUGUCAAUAAUUGUGUUUUCAUAGGAGUGGCUUGGUUUUUUGGUAACUCUUGCUACGUCAAAAAACAUGAACACAGAAAUUGGCCUAAACAGUCUUAAAAAGCACAAGGUCUGCAUGUUUGGUGCUCAAAGUAAAUUCUAGUUUAAUCUUGUUAAAACAUCCCUUUAACUCUGCUUUGAUCAAAGAUCCAAAUGUUGAUUAUCAUUUUAUGAUAACGGUUUUGUCGUUCAGAUUUAGUCUGGAGUAACAUAGCUUUAUACCUACGGACCUAGGUUUUUCUUUCUACUGGGACAAAAUGAUUGCAGCUCCUACAGCUCAAGUCAUUGUGGGUCUUUAAACCACAAGUUUUAAAAAAUGUACGCUCUUUGUAAUAUUGAUGCUCGUUUUCAGUGCUAUUUUUAUUUUUAUUUUUUUUACGUCCGCUUUUUUGAGACACAUGGUGUUUAGUGUCUCUCGUCAUCCAUCUUAAUAAUGGCACAGUGUCCAGUAUCACGGUUUUGUCACAAAUCAGUAUAUUUGUGUGGUGAAUUAUUGUAUUGAUUUUUAUGUGUCUAAUUGCAUACAUUUUGGUAAAGUUUUUAGGUCCUUUGAGGGCCUUUGUUAUAAAUUUUAGUCGACAUUUGAUGCUCAGGCAUUGAGGCAAAGCUUUUUAUUUCAUCACAAUAUCAUUCAGUUUGAAUCAAACAUGACAUCAUAAUCUAAACUACAUUUUAAAACAUGACUUUCCUUUCUGUUUGUAUUGGUAUCUUCUGUGGUAGAAUCAUGGUUGCAAAUUUUUUAUUGGAUUAUGUUGUUAAGAUGAAUUGUCAUGGAAUAGCAAAGAUCAUAAUUCACUUUAUUGCAAAAUAUCUGUGGAUGAAAGAGUUAUGGUCCCUGGGGUCCAUGCUUCCUACUUACGUAUGGGUAUCAUCGUAUAAAAACAAUUAGAUUUGCAGACUCAGUGCAUCAGAUUGAUGUUUGCCUUAGUGAAUCGUCAUAUGACCUUUUACUUCAGUAUUCAGCUGUGCUGAUGUAAAAGCUGCAGUAAAAUCAAUUAACGUUCUGUCAAUGGAUAUUAUUGUGAGAAGAUACUAGUUUAUCAUCCAUUAAAAGCUUUUGUAGGAGAUAUCGCGGGCACUAUAAUUUGUCAUAUCUCUUGUGAUAUUCUUCUAGGAGAUCGAUUCUUAUAAUCUUGAUUGGUCAAAGUUUAAUCUCAUGACAUUAUUUUGUUACGUCACUGUGUAUGUUUCAGCGCUAAACCUAUCAUUAGUGACGUCACGCCACUAUCGUUCUGCUAGUUAACGAG